AUGCUACUCAAAUCUCCACUUCUACUAAAAAUUCACACAGAUAAGACAAAAUCCAUCAGCCACGCUCAGAUCCGGAGAGAAGAUCCAAAGGCGAGAGCCGAAACGGCGGCGACAACACCGGCAACAAAGGACGGUGAAACCGCAGCGGCGGGAGACGUCGGACUCGGAGCCGGAGCGUCGGCGGCUGAGAUGACGGCGACGAGCACCGACAUUACGGCGAUGAACAUUGCUUUGGAAAAAGCCAUUGGUGUUAUCGCGCUGUUUCUGCUUUCGGUGCUUAGGGUUUGGGUUUCGUUGGGCAGUGAGACUUCGUUUUGGGAAGAGGUGAAAAUGGUGGUUUAUAUAGAAGGAGGAAGGAGAAGUUACGGGCAGUUCGGGUAG